AGAUGUGUGUCAGUUGGACUGAACAGGACUCACACACACACACACACACACUCACACACACUCACUCACAGUUCACAGAGAGCAGUGGGGGAUCGGAUCUCACCGCAGAACAACUCUGUCUUUACUCUGAUCUGAUUUCACAAGCUGCUUCGGACCAUCACGAGCAAAUAAGGAGAAAAAGACGUAAUAUUCAGGCGUAAAUCCUUCAGGAAUAAGAGAUGACAAGUCAACGGUUCACCUCGUGCUCAGAUCAUUUAAGAUGCAGUCUGUGAAGUCUUGGCUGUCUAAAGCCUCAGUGGUUCAGAAAGCAAUAUGGCCCCAGCCCUGACCAAAAUCCUGAAAGAUGGCCAUGGCAUCCACCUUUCCUCACCCCUAUCCUCUGUCAGAGACUCCAAUGGGAGAGCCGUGCACAGGACUGAGCUGGAUCCUCACAUGAGGCUCACAGAGGACGGUGGACCCCAGAUGUGGCUGAACCUCUCCUUGUGUCCCUCUCUGGACCCCUGCCUGCCAGCGAGCCCCCUGAACGUCCUUGCCAACCCUGUGCUUUCCCCAUAUCUGGAGGCGUCUGCCAGCCAGUGUGAGUCGGUGCUCCUCUCCAGCCCUGCUUCCCUCCUCACAUUCCUGUCCUUCAAUGAAGAUCUGAGAGAUUCUCAUCAGGUGGUCUCGGUCCUACCAGGUGUACCAGACAUGUUUUUAGGCCCUGUCCCUGAGCACAAUAGCCAAGAGGCUUGUUUGCUUCAUGGCCGGGGUGCUGCUCAUGAAUGUAGGCCAGAUGGUGGUGAUGUGCACCACUCCCCCUUUACACUCACCAGUGUUUCUCCAUCAGAUUUCUUUGGAGAGAUUAACUCUCAGGACUGUGCUCCUUUUUUUUCACCCCCACUGACACUGACACAGACACAGGAGAGAGCAGCCAGAGUGGACUGUGCUCCUCUAGCUCCUCUAGCUUCAGAGCAGUCUUGCAGUGGCAGCUUGAACUUUGACCAGCUGGUACCCAGAGCUGUGCCGGAGGAGGCCAUGAAGGAGCAGCUCUCUAGGCAGGAAGAGUUGCACAGCCAAGCUUGGAGGCUGCAGAAGAGACUGCAAGCCCUGCUCGGAGAGCACGCUUUGCGACACUGCAACCAGCAGCUGGAGGGGCUAAACCGGCACAUUCAUCGUGGGGAUGGACUUAACGACUCCAACCGUCCUGGUAUAGUACCCCCACAAGCGGGUGGCAAACUCUUCUUGUCUUCGCUAGAGUCGUCCACAGCAUCAUCUUCCUUCACAGAGCACAGAGAGCUGAGCCGCUUCAGCCAGGCGGUGCUGCGAGGCCUGCAGGAGGCCUUGGACUCUGAGGCCACAGCCAGCAGCAGCUCAGACGAUGAGGUAGAGGAGGAGAAGAGUCUCAGAAAAACCACAACAUCACGUGUCAGCAGGAGCAGCAGCAGAUGUGCAAGGCGAUGGCUGGAAGAGAGAGUGGAGCUGGGCAGCAGAUGGAGCUGGCUGCAGCUGCGUCUGUCCGAGCUGGAGGGAAGGAUACAGCAACUGGUUGAGCUCCACAAGCAUAUCCGCUCGUCCAAAGGUGGUGUUGUGCUCGCAGCCUCCCAGCCACUGACAGACAGGCAGAUUCAGCAGACCCUGCUGAAGGAAGUGAGAGGGUUAUGCUGCACAACGUCAGAUGCUGACACUGAACCUUGCAGCCCCACACACCUUCUACACAGCAUAGAGAGGCAGAGCGCCCAGCUCAGCCAGAUCGUCAGAAGUCUGAUGCCUCCUCUCAGCUUUUCACCGCUCUCAAAACAAGCAGAGACCCGUAAAGACAAGAGAUCCUUCACCAGUGGUCAGAGAGGAGAUGAUGCUCUUCUGUGCAGCAGCUCUAAGAGAAGGAGACUGGUGACCACAAGGCGGUACAAGGCUGAUGCGUGCGUUUGUGCCCGAACCCGGCCUUUGGUCUCCUACCACAAGCCCAAACUGUUCACUUUCAACACACACAACCCCAGCAGUUCGCAGGAGCCAUGGAAGUCCAUGUCCACACUCUCCUCUUCACUACCUUCAUCUUCCUAUUCGUGUUGCUCCUCUUGCGAUGUCCUCUGUUCUAAUCCUGACUGCAGCUCGGCUCUGACCUCCAGGAGAAAGAGCUCCAGACCGCACUGUGUGUUGUCUCUUUCAUUUGACACUCCUCAGGCACACCGCCCACAGGGAGCCCUCGCUCGAGAAGAAUGGUCCCAAAGGCCAUUAGUUAUCAAUUCCCAAUCGCCCACUCCAGUACACUUCAAGAGAUGCAGCUCCACACCACUGCACAACAGUCACAAAUACAAGCAGCAUGCACGACAUCAUAAAAGCAGGGUUAUGGGACUGUCACCUAUCAGGAUGACAGGCUCUGCUCAGGGUCGACACAGGAGAGCCAAUCAGAAGGAGAGGAAGAGGAGACACAGCCCCAGUCUUGAUGAAGAUGAUAAAGAUGUCCUGCACCGGUCAUGUGAGCCAGAGGGAAGUUCAGACGAAGUGCUGGAGGAGAGCUACACACAGUUUUCACACAAGCAGGACUCUCAAGGAUCUGGUCGAAAACGCCAGGGAGAGAGCGUGUACAACAUCAACAACAUUGUCAUCCCCAUGUCACUGACCAAAGUGGAGAAGCUGCAAUACAAAGACAUCCUCACACCCCGAUCUGGCAGCAGGCUGUCAGGCGGCGGGGGCGGGAUGUUCACAUCAGGAGAGGAGAGCUCUGCAGAGUGGAGUGGUGCUCAGCUGGAGACAGAUGAACAGCCGAGCUCGGAGGAGUGGCUGCCUCAGACACCGUGGGAACGACGAGUGUUUCUUCUGGACGAGGAUGAAGAGGAAGCCCUCCUCUGUGACAGUUUAGAAACGGAACCCUCAGGGUGGUCAGAGUCGGGUUAUCACUCUGCAUCAAUAAAGUCCAACUCCCAGCUCUCCCCAGCACAAUCCUCAGGUGCUACACUGCCCUCUGGUGCACAAAGCUUCAGCAUUACACCUCAAGGCACCUUUUAAUAUUGCCUCACGUCUGGAUAUGGGAGGAGAAAAUGUGCCCCGGGAUCCUCGAGUAUUGAUACUAAAUACAUUCCAUGUGUAUAGUGAUCUGAUGUCAUUAGAUAAAUACUCUGAAGCAAAAGCUUCUAUUUUGUGAAUAUUGUGGCACGUGUAGUUUUAACUGACAACUGUAGCUCCUGCUACACUUUCAGGUUUUAAUGUAAAGAAAUGUAUAUCAGUAGUCUCAGGUUUGUGUACUGUUUGUAGUGGUCACCUGCUAUUUAUUUUCACUGUUGUCUUAACAAGUCUGUAUAGAAAGACUUAAAUAUAUACAUAUGUAAACCUUUACCUGAGUUACUUGAGCUUUUUCAUUUCAUGGUUGAUAUUUGUCAAAGCGAUAGGUCAGUGGGGAGAUAUCAAAUAUAUCCUUUUUAUGAAGAAAGCAAAAUUGCUUAAUAAAUGUAAAGAUGA